AUGGUUCCCAGAGAGAUCCGAGGCCUGGACUACAAAGCAGGAUUUGGCGUUACCGAGUUAAACAUGAAGAUCUCUAUGUUUGCCGGUGUUCUGCUGCUCUCUGCUGCCGUGCUCUCUAUGGAAAAAGGUGACAAAGUGAAACAUGAUGUUGACUGGUUUACAAAGCAGCACAUCGGUAAGGAGAUGCAAAAAGACGACUGCAUCAACGUGAUUAAAGGCAGAGAAAUCAAGAAGGACGACGGCAGGUGUAAGUGGUCCAACACCUUCAUCAGAGCGCCUCUGGAAGAUGUGAAAGCCGUCUGUCAAACAGGCAAACGUGUUGGUAAUUAUUACCAAAGCACAACGCCCUUUGACCUCAUUGACUGUCAACAGACGAAGGAAAUGGCUGCAAAGAAAGAACUCCCCUGUGAGUACAACGGUGAAUUUAAAGCGGAAAGGUUCAUUGUAAUCGGAUGUGAUAAAUAUGGUAGUCCUGUUCACUUUCAAGAGUUUAUUCCAGAGUAA